UCCCAGUUCAGCCCUUUUCAGUGUGUGUAGAGUGUGUGGAAAAGGGAAAAGGAAGAGCGGUCAGCAGAGAAGGCGGGUGUGUGUGUGUGUGUGUGUGUGUGAGAGAGUGAGUCAGGGCGUGUGCUGAUUCUUCAGUGCUACGGGGAUUUAACAGAGUUGCCAUGAAGUCUUCUGGACAGAAGUACUCCACUCCACGGACAGUUAACUGCUGUCGUCAUCCGUGGCUUUAAAUUUCCUCUGCCAUGGCCAAGCGCGAGGCUGGAAGUACCAGCCCUGUGGUGCGUCAGAUAGACAAGCAGUUUCUGGUCUGCAGCAUCUGUCUGGAUCAUUACCGCAACCCCAAGGUCCUGCCCUGCCUGCACACCUUCUGUGAAAGUUGUCUCCAGAACUACAUUCCCCCAGAAUCUCUGACACUCUCAUGUCCAGUGUGCCGGCAGACAUCCAUCCUGCCAGAGAAAGGAGUUUGUGCCCUACAGAACAACUUCUUCAUCACUAAUCUGAUGGAGGUCCUUCAACGAGACCCAGAGUGCUCGCGGCCAGAGGCCUGCAGCGUGUUGGAAUCAGUCAGCGCUGCGGCUGCAGGAAAGCCCCUCUGCUGCCCAAACCACGACGGAAAGGUGAUGGAGUUCUACUGCGAGUCAUGUGAGACAGCCAUGUGUUUGGACUGCACAGAGGGCGAGCACAGGGAGCACAUGACUGUUCCUCUGCGGGAUGUCGUGGAACAGCACAAGGCUGCGCUGAAGACACAGCUGGAUGCCAUACACAGCAGGUUACCUCAGUUAACAGCAGCCAUUGAGCUGGUGAGUGAGAUCUCUCGACAGCUGAAUGAAAGGAAAAAUGAGGCAGUAGCAGAUAUUACCAGUACGUUUGAAGAGCUGGAACAGGCGCUGCAUCAGCGCAAGACGGCCCUCAUCACAGACCUGGAGAAUAUCUGCAGCACUAAGCAGAAGGUCCUGCAGGCCCAGCUUUCAGCUCUCCUCCAGGGGAAGGAACACAUUCAGAGCAGUUGCAGCUUUACAGAGCAGGCUCUCAGCCAUGGCAGUGCUACUGAGGUGCUGCUGGUUCAGAAGCAAAUGAGUGAGCGGGUGAAUGCACUAGCCAGACACGACUUCCCAGAGAAACCACAUCAGAAUGCACACCUGGACUGCCAGGUGGAGACCGAAGGCCUGCGGCGCUCCAUCCAGAACCUGGGUGUUCUCCUCACCACAGCCGCUGUGGCUCACACCUCUGUGGCCACAGGAGAGGGCCUUCGCCAUGCCGCAACUGGGCAGCACCAAACCGUUACUGUGACAACUAAAGACAAAGAUGGGGAGUUGGUGCGGACCGGAAAUGCUGUAUUAAAAGCAGAGAUAACGUCCGCUGAUGGGAGCCGGGCUGCAGAGACGGAGAUAACGGACAAUAAGAACGGAACAUAUGAGGUGGGCUACACGUUACGCUCUGAGGGAGAGUACUCCUUUUCUUUGCUGCUGUACGGACAGCCAAUACGUGGCAGCCCUUUCCGCCUGCGGGCAGUUAAGCCGUCAGAUGUUCCACAAUCACCAGAUGAUGUGAAGAGGAGGGUGAAGUCUCCCAGUGGGACGGGGGGCCACAUACGGCAGAAGGCAGUGCGACGGCCUUCCAGUAUGUAUAGCACGACCAAGAAAAAGGAGAACCCCAUUGAAGAUGAGCUCAUCUACAGAGUGGGUUCUCGGGGCAGAGAGAAAGGCGAGUUCACAAAUCUUCAAGGGAUCUCAGCAUCUAGUAAUGGCAGAGUGGUGGUGGCUGACAGCAACAACCAGUGCAUACAGGUUUUCUCCAAUGACGGCCAGUUCAAGAUGCGCUUUGGGGUCAGAGGUCGGUCUCCAGGGCAGCUGCAAAGACCGACAGGUGUCACCGUUGACAUGAAUGGUGACAUUGUGGUGGCUGACUAUGACAAUCGGUGGGUCAGCAUCUUCUCUCCUGAUGGCAAGUUUAAGAAUAAGAUCGGUGCAGGCCGGCUCAUGGGUCCCAAGGGCGUGGCUGUGGAUAAGAAUGGACAUAUUAUCACUGUGGACAACAAAGCCUGCUGUGUCUUCAUCUUUCAGUCUAAUGGGAAACUUGUGACCAAGUUUGGAGGCAGAGGGACUUCAGACAGACAGUUUGCAGAAAAACUUGGCCCAAACAUAAAUAAAUCUGGCUCAGUUUUCAGUCCACAUUUUGUUGCAGUGAACAACAAGAAUGAAAUUAUUGUGACCGAUUUUCACAAUCACUCUGUGAAGGUGUACAGCGCUGACGGGGAGUUCUUGUUCAAGUUCGGCUCUCACGGUGAAGGCAAUGGCCAGUUCAAUGCUCCCACUGGUGUGGCUGUGGAUGCCAAUGGAAACAUAAUUGUAGCUGACUGGGGUAACAGCAGAAUUCAGGUGUUUGACAGCACGGGGUCAUUCUUAUCCUACAUUAACACCUCGGCAGAUCCACUGUAUGGCCCCCAGGGCCUCGCGCUCACCUCAGAUGGACACGUGGCUGUUGCAGACUCUGGCAAUCACUGCUUCAAAGUUUACAGAUAUCUGCAGUAGACUGAGGGAAGACAUCACCACCACCACCACUGUCUGCUUUGAGAAAUCAAUGUCCCAUAUUGCUUGUAGAGAAAAAGCUGCAACAUGCCUGCGCAUGAGGCCCCAUGUCCACAAAUUAAUUUCCUGUUCAUUUUGUCUGCAGAUACUUUAAUCAGAGUUUAGGAACAACAUUAUAAUUUUCAAAUUAGAAUGUUUUUUUUAAAGACAAAAUUGGCUAGAUAUCCCCAAAAUUACUGCAAAAAAAAGAAACCAUCUUGUAAGGGGAUUACCAUGUGGAAAAAAAGUUCUUGGACCACUCCCUUCUUAAAACAACAAAAACAAAUGAAUAAAAAAAAAAAAAAAACAGUAAAUGUUAAAGAUAUCUCAUCUCAUAGGAAGCAUUUCAAAUACAUUACAUUUCAUACAGAAUGUGGGACAGGGGCAUGAAGUGCCCCCUCUACUCAAUUCCACACCUUCAAAGCUAGAUGACUGCAUCUUGUACAGUUGCACUGCCAUUACACUUACAAAAUCUAUCCAUAAACAGAUAUACAUACAUUACAAACACCUGUCAGGAAUAAGUCCUCCUGUAAUUAAAUAUUUCCACAUGUUGUCA